AUGCACCAUCUCAAGAUCGCGGUCGUCGGGCUUGGCCGCAUGGGCAAACGCCAUGUUCACACUUUACUUUACCGUGUCCCUAAAGCCCAGGUUGUAGCGGUCUGCAGCACCGACCCUAGUGAGAUCAAAUGGGCCACAGAAAAUCCUGAGUACCGUGAGUUCGGGAUUAAGGUAUACCACAAUUACGACGAAAUGCUGGAACAGCCAGGUCUGCAGGCUGUUUGGAUUUCUACUAGCACCGAUGUCCACAGUAGCCAAUCACUCGCUGCUAUUGGUAAGAGUAUCCAUGUGCUCUGCGAAAAACCCCUGAGCACUGAUAUUGCCGAGGCCCAAGGUGUAGUGGAUGCUGCCAACGAGAAACCUCAUCUUAAGGUCAUGGCGGGCUUUUCUCGACGAUUCGAUGCUUCCUAUCGUGACGCAGGUGACAAGAUCUACCAAAAGAAAGCAAUCGGAAGUCCAUUCAUGGUUCGAUCAAACACUUGUGAUCUCCUUGACGAGACUGGUUUCUUUGUUCGAUAUGCAGCCCGGAACGGUGGAAUAUUUGUGGACUGCGCAAUUCACGACAUUGAUCUAUCUCUGUGGUAUCUGAACAACCCAGUCCCCAAAGCCUGCUGGGCAGCGGGUACUCUCCAGCACCACCCAGAGCUCAAGACCCUUUCAGACGUGGACAAUGCGGUGGGGAUCGUAGAAUUUUGGGGCGGAAAGAUUGCCUACUUCUACUGUUCUCGUACGCAGGCACACGGCCAUGAUGUCUGUACUGAGAUUACCGGAACUGAUGGGAAGCUGAUGGUGAACGUUAUCCCCCAGCAGAACAAUGUUGUUCUUGCUGAUAAGCUGGGCAUGCGUCAUGAAGUCCAGCCGGAGUACUGGCAGCGGUUCCAAGAUGCGUUCGCGCUUGAGGCGAAUGAGUUUGUGGAAGCUGUCUUGAAAGAUACCCCUGUGCCAGUCAAGCUUGAGACUGGAAUCACGGUUAUGAAGAUUGGACAGGGUCUUCAGCAUGCUCUGCUGACUGGGGAGGUUGUUCGCUUCGACGAGAGUGGAGAGAGGCUGAAAUAG